AUGUGGAUCACGCGCGGAAUCUCGCUCAUCAAUUUUGGGGUUGCCUCUUCGGCACUGGCAUUCCAAGUCUUCGUUUUAUACCCAUGGCACCAUCAACUAGACGACGAGUUCAAAUCCCUGAAAAAGGAACACUACCGAGUACUGCACGAGAUCAACCUACACAAAACCUUGCGAGAACAAAGUGCGAAUUAA